AUGUUAUCGUAUAUUAUACCACCAUAUUUGUUAAAUUUAUCAAUUGGUUCACAUUUACAAUCAAAAAUUAAAGAUGAAAAGUUAGCUAGAUUAAAUGUAAUAGAUACCAAUUCACAAUAUUAUUAUCAUCCAAUUAAACAAACAAAUUUAUUUUCAAAUGAUUAUUAUCUUAAUCAAAUCAUUAAAGACAAAUUGAUUUAUAAAUUAGCAAUUAUUGGUGUUCUAGGUUCAAAUCCAAUGGAAUUUACUCAAUAUAAUGAUGAUUAUGUUUAUGAAUUAUUUGAAAUCUUUAAAUCUAGAAUUAUACAAGAUAAACCUGAGAAGAAAUUAAUAAAUGAAGAGAAACCCUCAUCAAUAUUCAGCCUGACAAAACUAGGAGAAGUUCAAAUUCCAGAAGAAGCUUACCCUUUGGAAUAUAGUAAAUAUCUAAAAAUGAGUCUAAAAGAAUUAUUAUUACUCACUAACUCAAAUGAUAAAUAUAAAUUACCUCCAAGUUUUGUCAAUUUCGGAAAUUCCGAAUUUUUCAAUUAUGACUUACCUAUUAGUUGGGUCCCAUUAAUUACUGAAGAUUAUUUAGAAUAUCUAACAGAAGGACUCAAUAUGAAAAUUGAAAAUAAUGGUCAUUCAAAUAUCACAUUUAAUGCAACUGAUUAUAAAACUGAAGUUGAAGAUUUGACAAAUUCCCGUUUUUAUAAUUUUAUAACUGAUAAACCUAUUGAAUCAACAACUGGGAUAUUUUACUAUGAAGUAGAGAUAGAGCAAACUACCACCGAAUCAACAAAAUUCAAACCAAUCAUAUCCAUGGACGAUAAUUCAAUAAAUUCAAAUCUGUCAAUUAAUUUUUCAUUAGGUUAUGUUAAACAAUUUUCAAAUUUAGAUAAUAUCAACUCAUUAGGUAAAAUUAAUUUAGAAAAAUUAAAAAAGGAUCUAUAUCUUAAUGAAAUCAAUGAUGAAUUUUUAAAUGAUUUGAAAAUUUUAUUAAGUUCUCGACCUGGUGAUUUUAAAGGAAGUUUUGCAAUUAGUUUUGAAGAUUCUACAUUUUAUAAUUCACUUAAAACUUUUGAAUCAUUACAAAGAGCUCAGAUAUUAAAUAUGAAUAGGAGAUUAGGUACAUUAAGUCGACCUAAUGAAUCAGAUAACGGGAAAAUAGACUUGGCAAUACCUUUCAAAACAAGUAUGGUGACUCAAGAUACUAAGAAAGUUUAUAAAACAGAUGUUGUUGGUUGCGGAAUUAAUUAUAUUAGUAAAACAAUAUUUAUAACACUUAAUGGAAUAUUGGUAAAGGCUAUAAAUGAGAAAGAAUUGAGUUCAAAUAACUCAGAAGACAAUCUUUUCAAUAAUUCAUCAUCUGUAUACCCAAUGAUUGGGUUUAAAAUAAAUCAAUUGAAAUUUGAAAAGAAUUUCACACCUACAAGUGUUAAAAUAACUACAAAUUUAGGAUUUGUAGAUUUCAAAUUUGAUUUAAACUGUUAUUUAAAACAAUUUAAUACUAUUAAGAAGUCACUCGAGUCACAAAUAUCAAAUAAAGAAAUAGGACUAGAUAAAUUAAAAGAGAAAUUGAAUAAGAUUAUACUGUCUACAAACAAGAAUUUGAAAAAAUUAUCAAAAGAGGAUGAAAGAUUUAUACUUUUGAAUUUGGAAAAUGUUUAA